AUGACAUUCAUCAUCGUCCAUCAUCUCAUUGCCAUGCUGCUGGCUUACCUGGGCCUUCCGCUCACCAUCGUCUCCACCCAUCAUCCAUGGUCAUUUGUCUGCUUUUUGAGACUACAAAAGUUAGUAGUGUCUGCUUUUUCAGACUACAAUGUGUCUGCAUUUUCGGACUACAAUGUGUCUGCUUUUUCAGACUACAAUGUGUCUGCAUUUUCGGACUACAAUGUGUCUGCUUUUUCAGACUACAAUGUGUCCGCUUUUUCAGACUACAAAAUGUCCGCUUUUUUCAUUACAAAAGUUAAUAAUGUUCGCUUUUUGAGACUACAAAAUGUGGUCAUUGGGGAUAUGAUUGAAGGAUUGGGAUGA